AUGCUUUACUGUCCACAGGUGUGCAAAGAUUUGAAGACGCUGGAGGAGAAGAUGAACCUGUGUAUCGCCAGUCUUCUCCUCACUUUGGAUUUGGCCACCGUGGCGCUCAGUUUGUCCACAUGCAGCACGCUGGACAUGGAUCAGUUCAAGAAGAAGCGCAUUGAGGCCAUCCGGGGGCAAAUCCUGAGCAAACUGAAGCUCACCAACCCCCCAGAGGACUUUCCCGAGCCCGAGGAGGUGUCCCGGGACAUUGUCGCCAUUUACAACAGCACCCGGGACCUUCUGCAGGAGAAGGCGAACGAACGGGCAGCGACGUGCGAGAGGCAGCGGAGCGAGGAGGAAUAUUACGCUAAGGAGGUGCACAAGAUCGAUAUGCAGCCCUUCUACCCGUCAGAGAAUGUCAUCUCUCCUACACACUUCAACCCUUACUUCAGGAGGCUGACAUUUGAUGUGUCCUCCAUGGAGAAGAAUGCCUCCAACCUGGUGAAGGCUGAGCUCAGGAUCUUCCGUCUUCAAAACCCUGGGGCCCGAGUGUCUGAGCAGCGCAUUGAGCUCUACCAGAUUUUAGGACACAAAGACCUGACAUCCCCAACACAGCGGUAUAUUGACAGCAAAGUGGUACGAACACAAACAGAGGGAGAGUGGCUGUCCUUUGAUGUGACGGAAGCAGUGAGCGAAUGGCUGAACCACAGAGACAGAAACAGUGGAUUCAAGAUCAGCCUGCACUGCCCAUGCUGCACUUUCGUACCAUCAAAUAACUACAUUAUUCCCAACAAGAGUGAGGAGCUGGAGGCACGGUUUGCAGGUAUUGAUGACAGCUUCAUCCAUGGCGGUGACCUUAAGGUUUUUAAGAAGCGGCGGCACAGUGCUCGAGCCCCACACCUUCUCCUCAUGCUGCUGCCUUCAUACCGGCUGGAGUCCCAGUCCCAGUCCCCGCACAAGAACCAUCGAUCCAAGAGAGCCCUGGAUGCUGCCUACUGCUCUAGAAACGUUCAGGACAACUGCUGCUUACGCUCACUCUACAUCGAUUUUAAGAAGGACCUGGGCUGGAGGUGGAUCCAUGAGCCAAAGGGCUAUGAGGCCAACUUCUGUGCUGGGGCCUGUCCGUAUCUGUGGAGCGCUGACACACAGCAUUCCAAGGUGUUAGGCCUGUACAACACCAUCAACCCUGAAGCAUCAGCAUCACCCUGUUGCGUCUCCCAGGACCUGGAGCCCCUCACCAUCCUCUAUUACAUCGGCAAGACCCCCAAAAUAGAGCAGCUCUCCAAUAUGAAGGUCAAAUCCUGCAAGUGCAGCUAG